AUGGCAAAGAAGAAAUUUUCUGCCUUAGAAAUCACUCUGAUUGUUCUUUUUGCGAUAGUUACUAUAAUAGCCAUCGCCCUGAUUGUUGUGCUGGCCACUAACACACCUGCAGUUGAAGACACAGGAGUUUGUCCUGCUGAGCAAAAUGAUCCUGUCAACGAGAGAAUAAAUUGCAUUCCAGAACAAUCUCCAACACAGGCUCUCUGUGCCCAGCGAAAUUGCUGCUGGAGGCCGAGGAAUGACUCGGUGGUACCUUGGUGCUUCUUCGUGAACAAUCACGGCUACACUGCUGCGCGUGUGACAACGACGGGCACUGGACUGGAAGCCAGGUUGAGAAGGAUAGCAGCGCCCAGCCUGUUUGGAAACGACAUCAGAAAUGUUCUCCUCACCACUCAGAGCCAGACGGCCAACCGCUUACGCAUCAAGCUCACGGAUGCCAACAAUGCCAGAUAUGAAGUCCCUCAUCAGUAUGUGACAGAGUUCACGGGCCCCGCAGCCACCAACACGUUGUACGAUGUGGCGGUGACAGAAAACCCCUUCAGCAUCAGAGUGAUCAGGAGGAGCAACGGCAACGUUUUGUUUGACACCAGUGUUGGCCCUCUGGUGUACUCAGACCAGUAUUUGCAGAUCUCAACCAAACUCCCCAGCGAGUAUAUGUACGGCCUGGGCGAACAUGUUCAUAAGCGGUUCCGUCAUGAUUUAUAUUGGAAAACAUGGCCCAUCUUCACCCGGGAUCAACACACCGCUGAUCAUACUAAUAAUUUAUAUGGUCAUCAAACAUUCUUUAUGUGCAUUGAAGACACGACUGGAAAUUCUUUUGGUGUUUUUUUAAUGAACAGCAAUGCAAUGGAGGUCUUCAUCCAGCCUACUCCGAUAGUCACAUACAGAGUGAUUGGUGGCAUCCUUGACUUCUACAUCUUCCUUGGCGACACGCCAGAGCAAGUGGUUCAACAGUAUCAAGAGCUCAUUGGACGACCAGCAAUGCCAGCAUACUGGAGUCUUGGAUUCCAGCUCAGCCGCUGGAACUAUAAUUCCCUCGAUGUGGUAAAGGCUGUGGUGGAAAGAAACAGAGCAGCUCGCAUUCCCUAUGAUACACAAGUCAGUGAUAUUGACUAUAUGGAAGAUAAUAAAGAUUUCACCUAUGAUCAAACAGCAUACAACGGGCUCCCUGAAUUUGUUCAAGAUUUACAUGACCAUGGGCAGAAAUAUGUCAUCAUCUUGGACCCUGCGAUUUCUGUAGGCAGGCGUGCCGAUGGAACAGCCUACCUGCCCUAUGACCGCGGGAGCGCGCAGCAUGUGUGGGUAAAUGAAUCCGAUGGAACUACCCCACUUGUUGGAGAGGUCUGGCCAGGGGUCACGGUCUACCCUGACUUCACCAGUGAAAGCUGCAGGACAUGGUGGGCCAAUGAGUGCAAUAUUUUCCAUGGAGAAGUAGAGUAUGAUGGACUUUGGAUUGACAUGAAUGAGGUAUCCAACUUUGUUCAAGGCUCAAAUCAAGGAUGCAAUGACAAUACACUGAAUUAUCCACCUUAUACUCCUGAUAUUCUUGACAAGCUCCUGUAUUCCAAAACACUUUGCAUGGAUGCUGUACAGGCCUGGGGAAGACAGUAUGAUGUCCACAGUCUCUAUGGGUACAGCAUGGCCAUAGCCACAGAAAGAGCUGUAGAAACGGUUUUCCCUGGUAAGAGAAGUUUCAUUCUCACUCGAUCCACUUUUGCUGGAAGUGGAAGACAUGCUGCACACUGGUUAGGAGAUAACCAUGCCACUUGGGAGCAAAUGGAAUGGUCCAUCACCGGAAUACUGGAGUUUGGCUUGUUUGGAAUGCCUUUGGUCGGGGCGGAUAUCUGUGGAUUCCAGGACGAGACCACAGAAGAGCUUUGCAGGAGAUGGAUGCAACUCGGGGCAUUUUAUCCAUUUUCCCGAAAUCAUAAUGCUGAUGGAUUUGAGCAUCAGGAUCCUGCAUUCUUCGGACAAGAUUCCCUGUUGGUUCAGUCAUCGCGGCACUAUUUAAACAUCCGCUAUACCCUUCUGCCGUUCCUCUAUACUCUCUUCUACAAAGCUCAUAGAUACGGGGAAACAGUGGCAAGGCCAGUUCUGCAUGAGUUUUACCAGGACACAAACAGUUGGGUUGAAGACUUGGAGUUUUUGUGGGGCCCUGCGUUACUCAUUACUCCUGUUCUGACACAGGGAGCAGAGACAGUGAGCGCCUACAUCCCUGACGCGGUCUGGUAUGAUUACGAAACAGGUGCAAGACGACCAUGGAGAGGACAGCGUGUUGACAUGAGUCUCCCAGCUGACAAAAUAGGGCUGCAUCUUCGCGGAGGAUACAUCAUCCCCACCCAGGAACCUGACGUGACAACCACGGCAAGCCGUUUGAAUCCCCUGGGACUUAUCAUUGCAUUAGAUGACAAUAAUGCAGCAACAGGGGACUUUUUCUGGGAUGAUGGAGAGACUAACGGUACCAUAGAAGAUGGCACCUACAUCUUUUAUACAUUUUCAGUUUCUGAUAACACUCUGGUUGCCACAUGCACACAGUCAUCAUACCCAGAAGGAGAAAGCUUAGCAUUUGAAACUGUAAAAGUUCUUGGGUUGACACAAACAGUUAAUGAAGUUUCCGUGGGAGUAAAUGAACAGGCCAUGAAUACACAUAAUAAUUUCACCUACGAUCCCUCCAAUCAGGUUUUGUUGAUUAAUGGUCUCAGCUUUAACCUCGGAACCAGUUUUCGCAUUCAGUGGAACCAAAUUUUCUUACCAACAGAGAAGAUUACGUGUUAUCCAGAUGCUGACCUUGCAACUCAACAGAAGUGCGUUGCACGUGGGUGCAUAUGGGAUCAGGACACAGUAAACUUUCAGGAGCCUGAAUGCUAUCUCCCUGUAGACCACAACCCUUAUUCAGUGACCUCAAUCCAGUAUUCACCGACGGGUAUAACAGCUGAUCUCCAGUACAACGCUGCAAGUGCCCGAGUAACUCUACCUUCUGUACCCAUUUCAACACUUCGUGUGGAGGUGAAAUACCACAAAAAUGAAAUGGUGCAAUUCAAGAUUUUUGAUCCCCAAAAUAAGAGAUAUGAAGUUCCAGUGCCAUUAGACAUCCCAGCCACUCCAACCAGCAGCCAACAAAACAGACUGUAUGAUGUUGAAAUCAAAGAAAAUCCUUUUGGCAUUCAGAUUCGACGGAGAAGCACAGGAAAAGUCAUUUGGGAUUCUUGUCUGCCUGGUUUUGCUUUUAACGAUCAGUUCAUCCAAAUAUCUACUCGCCUGCCAUCACAAUACAUCUACGGUUUUGGAGAAGUAGAGCACCCAACAUUUAAGCACGAUCUAAACUGGCAUACCUGGGGCAUGUUCACAAGAGACCAGCCUCCUGGUUACAAACUGAAUUCCUAUGGGUUUCAUCCUUACCACAUGACCCUGGAAGAUGAUGGCUAUGCUCAUGGAGUUCUGUUACUGAACAGCAAUGCGAUGGAUGUUACAUUUAUGCCAACUCCAGGACUAACAUAUCGUGUCAUUGGAGGAAUCCUGGAUUUUUAUAUGUUUUUGGGCCCAACUCCAGAAGUUGCAACACAACAAUACCAUGAAGUAAUUGGCCGUCCAGUGAUGCCUCCUUACUGGGCUAUGGGAUUCCAACUGUGUCGCUAUGGCUACAGAAACACUUCCCAGGUCCAGGAGGUCUAUGAAGGGAUGCUCAAUGCCAGCAUUCCAUAUGAUGUUCAAUACACAGAUAUUAAUUACAUGGAAAGACAAUUAGACUUUACAAUUGGUUAUGAAUUCCGUGAGCUUCCUCAGCUGGUUGACAGAAUAAGAGCAGGAGGGAUGAGAUAUAUUAUUAUCCUGGACCCAGCAAUUUCAGGAAAUGAAACAGAGCCUUAUCCUGCAUUUGAAAGAGGGGAAGAAAAGGACGUGUUCGUCAAAUGGCCUAAUACCAAUGAUAUUUGUUGGGCAAAGGUUUGGCCAGAUUUGCCCAACAUAACAAUCGAUGAAACUCUGACUGAAGAUGAAGCUGUUAAUGCCUCCAGAGCUCAUGUAGCAUUUCCAGAUUUCUUCAGGAAUUCCACAGCAGAGUGGUGGACAAGGGAAAUUAUUGAUUUCUACAACAACUACAUGAAAUUUGAUGGCUUAUGGAUUGAUAUGAAUGAACCAUCCAGUUUUGUGAAUGGAACAACUUCCAAUGUGUGCAGAAAUGAUACACUAAAUUUUCCACCAUAUUUCCCAGAACUCACGAAGCGGACUGACGGGCUGCAUUUCAGAACGAUGUGCAUGGAGACGGAGCACAUCCUCAGUGACGGGUCUUCCGUUUUACAUUAUGAUGCGCACAACCUCUAUGGAUGGUCACAAGCAAAGCCCACUUAUGAUGCCUUGCAGAAGACAACUGGCAAAAGAGGCAUAGUUAUCUCCCGCUCUACAUAUCCCACUGGUGGACGAUGGGCAGGUCACUGGCUUGGGGACAACUACGCACGAUGGGACAAUAUGGACAAAUCAAUCAUUGGUAUGAUGGAAUUCAGUCUUUUUGGGAUAUCAUAUACUGGAGCAGACAUCUGUGGUUUCUUCAACGAUUCGGAGUAUCACCUCUGCACACGCUGGACACAGCUCGGGGCGUUUUACCCGUUUUCAAGGAAUCACAACAUCGCCAACACCAGAAGACAAGACCCUGUUUCCUGGAAUGAAACAUUUGUUGAAAUGGCAAGAGACAUCCUCAAUGUCAGAUACACUCUUUUGCCCUUUUUCUACACACAAAUGCAUGACAUCCAUGCCAAUGGUGGCACGGUGAUCCGACCCCUAAUGCACGAGUUCUUUGAUGACAGGACAACCUGGGACAUCUAUAAACAGUUUUUAUGGGGUUCAGCGUUUAUGGUCACCCCUGCCCUGGAUCCUUAUGUGACUACUGUGAAUGGCUACGUUCCUAAUGCUCGGUGGUUUAACUAUCAUGAUGGAACAGAUAUUGGAGUCAGAGGACAGUUUGUUGACUUUGACACUCCUUAUGAGGCAAUAAAUCUACAUGUCCGUGGUGGUCACAUCUUACCAUGUCAGGAACCUGCUCAAAACACAGUUAUCAGUCGAACAAAUUACAUGAAGCUCAUUGUUGCUGCGGAUGAUGACCAAACAGCACAGGGAACACUCUUCUGGGAUGAUGGGGACAGUAUAGACACCUAUGAAAGAGACAUGUAUUUAUUAGUACAAUUUAAUUUAAAUCAGACCCGCUUGACAAGUACUCCGUUGAAAACAGGUUACAUUAAUAAAACUGAAAUAAGGCUUGGAUAUGUUGAUGUAUGGGGAAUAGGACGCAAUGAGAUCAGUCAAGUUACUUUAGUAUAUAACGACAGGACUGAGGAAGCUCUCUUUACCCACAAUGUAACCCAAGAGAUCAAAAAUUUCCCUUCUAAGAAUGCUGUAAUCGAUGAGCGGGCUAUGGAGAAGAGCGGGCUAUGGAGAAGAGCGGGCUAUGGAGAAGAGCGGGCUAUGGAGAAGAGCGGGCUAUGGAGAAGAGCGGGCUAUGGAGAAGAGCGGCUGGGUGGGGAAAGCAGUGACAUGAAUGCGAGCAUUUUCACAUCUGACAUGCUAGGCUGCAUUGGCAAAGACGGUGUACAACAAAGACUACGCGCCAUCUGCACCUUGGUCUCUUGUGAGCCUCAAGAUUUCAUUCCUGUGCUCCUGCCCCCUCCCUACCGCAAGGAAGAGAGUUUGUGGAAUGUCCCAGAAGAUGGCACACUGGAGCAGAGACUCAACAAACCACCAGCAAACUCCAGCAAACCACCAGCUGCUUCUCCAGCCUCACCCGUGCAGAGGCAGCAGACCCCCAGCUCCGUAGCCUGCAAGGGCGGGUUUCUGAUGAACAGCUUCACCACCUCGAAGGCCGCACGAAGUCAGCAAGGGCCUCUUGCUCGAUGCACGGACACGGUGGACACCAUCUAG